CGCCGCAGUCGUGGAGGGGCUGUGGGAGCGUAAGCGGCCGCGGGCGACGCUAAGUUCCGCACGGGCUCUCUCUUUCUCGUCUCACUCUUCCCCUUCCUCUCGCAUAGUCGCGUGCUCCCUCCCCACGGCGGCUCUUCCCGACGAGAUCUUUCGGAGUGCGGUUGCUGAAGAGAAGCCAUCGCCACCUCGUCUUGGGGCCGAGUGAGGGUGUCUGUCGCGCCGCGUCGCCCCCUGCGCUGCCUCCUUGCCCCCAGAGGUGGGCGCUCUUCUCGUUCGAAGCACUCCCCCCAGCUCCAUGAAUGGAAAUCGGCUCCGCAGGACCCGUUGGGGCCCAGCCCCUACUUAUGGUGCCCAGAAGACCUGGCUAUGGCACCAUGGGCAAACCCAUUAAAUUGCUGGCAAACUGUUUUCAAGUUGAAAUCCCAAAGAUUGAUGUCUACCUCUAUGAGGUAGAUAUUAAACCAGACAAGUGUCCUAGGAGAGUGAACAGGGAGGUGGUUGACUCAAUGGUUCAGCAUUUUAAAGUGACUAUAUUUGGGGACCGUAGACCAGUUUAUGAUGGAAAAAGAAGCCUUUACACAGCCAAUCCACUUCCUGUGGCAACUACUGGGGUAGAUUUAGAUGUUACUUUACCUGGGGAAGGUGGAAAAGAUCGACCUUUCAAGGUGUCAAUUAAAUUUGUCUCUCGGGUGAGUUGGCACCUACUACAUGAAGUACUGACAGGACGGACCUUGCCUGAGCCACUGGAAUUAGACAAGCCAAUCAGCACUAAUCCUGUCCAUGCCGUUGAUGUGGUGCUACGACAUCUGCCCUCCAUGAAAUAUACGCCUGUGGGGCGUUCCUUUUUCUCAGCUCCAGAAGGAUAUGACCACCCUCUCGGAGGCGGCAGGGAAGUAUGGUUUGGAUUCCAUCAAUCUGUCCGACCUGCCAUGUGGAAAAUGAUGCUUAAUAUUGAUGUUUCUGCCACUGCCUUCUACAAAGCACAACCUGUAAUUCAGUUCAUGUGUGAAGUUCUUGACAUUCAUAAUAUUGAUGAGCAGCCAAGACCUCUGACUGAUUCUCAUCGGGUAAAAUUCACCAAAGAGAUAAAAGGUCUGAAGGUUGAAGUGACUCAUUGUGGAACAAUGAGACGGAAAUACCGUGUUUGUAAUGUAACAAGAAGGCCUGCCAGUCAUCAAACCUUUCCUUUACAGUUAGAAAACGGUCAAACUGUGGAGAGAACAGUAGCACAGUAUUUCAGAGAAAAGUAUACUCUUCAGCUGAAGUACCCACACCUUCCUUGUCUGCAAGUGGGGCAGGAACAGAAACAUACCUACCUGCCACUAGAAGUCUGUAAUAUCGUGGCAGGGCAACGAUGUAUCAAGAAGUUAACAGACAAUCAGACUUCCACAAUGAUCAAGGCAACAGCAAGAUCUGCACCAGAUAGACAAGAGGAAAUUAGCAGAUUGGUAAGAAGUGCAAAUUAUGAAACAGAUCCAUUUGUUCAGGAGUUUCAAUUUAAAGUUCGGGAUGAAAUGGCCCAUGUAACCGGACGUGUACUUCCAGCACCUAUGCUGCAGUAUGGAGGACGGAAUCGGACAGUAGCAACACCAAGCCAUGGAGUGUGGGACAUGCGGGGGAAGCAGUUUCACACAGGAGUUGAGAUAAAAAUGUGGGCUAUAGCUUGUUUUGCCACACAGAGGCAGUGCAGAGAAGAAAUACUGAAGGGUUUCACCGACCAGCUGCGUAAGAUUUCUAAAGAUGCAGGGAUGCCCAUCCAGGGCCAGCCUUGCUUCUGCAAAUAUGCGCAGGGGGCAGACAGCGUGGAGCCCAUGUUCCGGCAUCUCAAGAAUACCUACUCUGGGCUACAGCUCAUUAUCGUCAUCCUGCCCGGGAAGACGCCCGUGUAUGCGGAAGUGAAACGUGUAGGAGAUACACUUUUGGGUAUGGCCACACAGUGUGUCCAAGUCAAGAAUGUAAUAAAAACAUCCCCUCAAACUCUCUCAAACCUGUGCCUAAAGAUAAAUGUUAAACUCGGAGGGAUCAAUAAUAUUCUUGUACCUCAUCAAAGACCUUCUGUGUUCCAGCAACCAGUGAUCUUUUUGGGAGCAGAUGUCACUCAUCCACCAGCUGGUGAUGGGAAGAAGCCUUCGAUUGCUGCUGUUGUAGGUAGUAUGGAUGCCCACCCAAGCAGAUACUGUGCCACAGUAAGAGUUCAGCGACCCCGACAGGAGAUCAUCCAGGACUUAGCCUCCAUGGUUCGAGAACUUCUCAUUCAGUUUUAUAAGUCAACUCGGUUCAAACCUACUCGUAUCAUCUUUUAUCGGGAUGGUGUUUCAGAGGGACAGUUUAGGCAGGUAUUAUAUUAUGAACUACUAGCAAUUCGAGAAGCCUGCAUCAGUUUGGAGAAAGACUAUCAACCUGGAAUAACCUACAUUGUAGUUCAGAAGAGACAUCACACUCGAUUAUUUUGUGCUGAUAGGACAGAAAGGGUUGGAAGAAGUGGCAAUAUCCCAGCUGGAACAACAGUUGAUACAGAUAUUACACACCCAUAUGAGUUUGAUUUUUACCUCUGUAGCCAUGCUGGAAUACAGGGUACCAGCCGUCCUUCACACUAUCAUGUUUUAUGGGAUGAUAACUGCUUUACUGCAGAUGAACUUCAGCUACUAACUUACCAGCUCUGCCACACUUACGUGCGCUGUACACGAUCUGUUUCUAUACCUGCACCAGCGUAUUAUGCUCACCUGGUGGCAUUCAGAGCCAGAUAUCAUCUCGUGGACAAAGAACAUGACAGUGCUGAAGGAAGUCACGUUUCAGGACAGAGCAACGGGCGAGAUCCACAAGCUCUUGCCAAGGCUGUACAGAUUCACCAAGAUACCUUACGCACAAUGUACUUUGCUUAAAAAGUCCAAGAAUAUUCUCUGAGAGGAAGAACUGAAAGAAGCAUCGACAUACAGCAUAUGUUUCUGGUGGAGUCAGUUGAGUGGGGAUGCCUCCAGCCAUACAGCAGCCAACACUGUGUGGGGACCAGGGUCUGAUUUUUAUGUUGAUACAAGAAAGAUUGUUUACUUCAUCAAGGAACACAGCACCAUUAUGCAAUAUGAAACCAGCCAACUGCUUUUUUGUGCGGUCUCCUUAGGAAGUAUCGCCAUUGUUUUGUUUUCACUUUCUUGUAGUCUAACCCUUUUAAUGCCUUUACCUCAAGUUGCUUGGCAGCACAACUAUCUUUGCAAAAAAAAAAGUAAAGAAAAAGUAAAUGACAGUUAAAAAAAACACACACCUACGUGAAUAAUCUAAGUGAUUGUUCAUGAUUAUGUGUGCAAAAAAAUUAAUGUGCAUUCGUGUAUUCUUGUAAAAGGUAUCUGUGUAUAUUUUAAAUAUAUACAUGUAUACUUCAUGUGCAUAUAUAUCUGGAUCUACAUUGAUAAUAGAUAUAUAUGUGUCUGUGCGUGUAUUUUAUAGUUCAUUCCAUUGGGGAACUUUCUUUCCCUUUUAUUAUCUUCCCACCACCACUUUGAUUUUUCUCUCUACCUCCCUUGCCUUCAUUAACUACAUUUUUUUUUCUUAAUGCUACCAAUGACAUUCAGAUGUUUCAUGUAUCUGGUUCAUUUGGAUAUAAAGCAUGGAAAACUAGAUUUUUAUUUUUAUUUUGCACACCCUACUCCUGUCUCUUGUCUCACGGGCAAUUCCAAGUCCUCAACUCUUGAUAUUGCUUUCUGAAGAAACAAAAUUACUAUAUAUAUAUAACUAUAUAUAUAUAUAUAUAUAUAUAUACACACACACAAUGUUUCUGUGAGAAUGCGUGUCUGCCCCCUCCUGCUCUGAAUUUACAUUUGCCAUUUGUGCAGUGUGUACAUAAGCAGUAGCAACCUUAAACUAUUCUUUUUCUUUAGUCUGUUAAAGCUGCUAUAAAUAUAAAACCUUGUCAGAAGUUGUAACUCAGAAAUUUCUCUCUAUAAGUGAUAUGUAUUCUAAAGCCUUCUGUUUCUAUGGGUUAUACAUGAAAGUCCCUUAUAACUUUUAUAAAGGGCAAAUAUUCUAAAUGAUUGGAACUCUUUAGGGUUGAGGCCUCUGAAAUUGGGUGGAGAGAGAGAAGGGGUUAUUGAGGGUUUUUUUAUUUUAUUUUAUUUUAUUUUUGCUAGUUUACUUGCUGCCUCUCAUACCUUAAUGUGAUUUUCAUAUAUAUAUAUUUUUAUAUAUAUGUGUGUAUAUAUAAACAUAUAUGUAUGUGUUUUGAAGUACAGCUUCCUUUUCUUUUAUAUUUAUUAGAAUAGUGCUUUAAUAAUUAGAGAAUUGUAUUGGCAACGUCUUUUAUAGAAAUGUAAUCAUGUUUAUUUUAAGAACUGACAACUUGUUUUUUGCUGUCUUUUAGUGCAAUAAGCAGUUUUAAAGGAAAGCUGUGUCUGUUUGAUAUCUUUACCACGGAUAGUGGGAGAAACAGGCACCUCCAUAAUUUUAAAAGGGCAAAGUAAUACAGCCUUAAUUUCAGAAGGAAAGUUUUGUAAUUUUUCAAGUUUAAAGCAUGUCUUUUAAAAAUCAUAAUGAAAAUCAAGAAAGUUAAAUUUCCUAAUGAGUCUGACCGUGAUUAUUAGAGAUAGAGUUGAGCUUUGUUUUAAGAAAUGACAGUGAAUGGGUCACCUAGCUGGCUCAGUCACUAGAGCAUGUGACUCCUGAUAUGGGGGUUGUAAGUUCAAGCCCCACACUGCG